UUAUACUGAAAAUGCUCAUGGCCGCCGAGUCCUUGGAUCCAUGUAAACAUUGUGUAUGAAGGAUCAUUAUAAAGGCAGUUUGACAGAUUGACAAAGUCCCUUGGUAUAAGCCAAUGGAGACCGCUAGACCACUCCCAUCUGUAUCAUGCCAGAAUCUGCCGAGGAAGAACGUGGGGGAAGUAGACUGGGCUCAGGAAGUAGAGCCACGCCCAAUUCUGCUUCCCAGGCUAAUAUUGGUGCUCAGCUAGAGGCAAACAGGAAGAGGAUUGGAUCCGCUAAAUACUACGACAUUGCAUCUACACUCAUGGGUAAAGGUCACACAGGUGACCUUGAGGAGCUCUUCCUUGCAGCAGCUAGAGAUGGUGACUAUGACAGGAUCGAGGAUUUUUUGUUACGGAGUGGGAAGGAUCAUUUAGUCAGUAUUGAUGUCAAAGACAAACGGACUGGAAAUACGUCCCUGAUCUGGGCAGCUAAGCGUGGACAUACUAAGAUUGUUCAGUUGUUAUUAAAACAUGGUGCAGAUAUAACUUUAAGGAACUACGAUGGCCAAACAGCUGUCGAGGUAGCAUCCACCUCUAUCAGGACUCUUCUUCUUGAUUCCAUUGACCGAUCAACAGAAUCGUCACACAGACUGCUGCUCCAGGCAUGUUGGCAGGGAAAUGCACGGGUCCUCAACAAACUUCUGAAUGAGGGUAAGGUGAAGGACAUAAAUUGUAAGAAUGCAGAAGGCCUGACUCCACUCCUGCUGGUAGCCCGGGACAUCCAGCUAUUUGAACGCCAGGCUAUACAGCAGAACCGCCCCUACAACCCUGCAGAAGUUGUCACAACCCUCCUCGCUCACCGGGCGGACAUCCAUGCUGUAGAUGAGGAUGGGAAGACAUGUCUGCAUUACGCCUCCCAGUCCAAGGCCUCCCUGGCCCAGACAGUGGUCCAAGCCCUCAUCACAGGGGGCCCUGAUAUAGACCUUAAGGACAAGCGCCUGUUUGCCCCAAUUCACUGUGCUUCCCAGAGUGGAAACACAGAGUGUGUGGAAGUCCUUAUCAAUGGUGGGUCGUGUGUGAACUGUCGAGGAUUUGCUGGGACCACACCUCUCCACAUCACAGCUUACAAUGACAACGAACGAACUGCUUGCUCUCUACUGAAGCUCGGAGCUGACGUGACUUUGACAGAUGACCGUGGACUCACUCCAGUGGACUUAGCUCGUGGGAAGAAGAUGAAGACAACAUUAAAGGAGGCAUGGGCGGAAGCCACUCAAGGUCAUGCUCCUACAAAUCUGGCCCCUGUCAAGGCUCCCUCUCGCCAGGAAACAAGGACAUCACUGGAAGAGCUGAACAAGAAGGGAAGGAAGGGAGGAGAGGUCAUCUUUGAUAAUAUGCCAUCCAAUCCAUUUGCCAACAUGAAGAAUACACCUAGCAAGGGUCGUUUGGUGUCUCGUCACCUGAGUCUGAAGGACAAAGAAAAGGCCAGGCGGGCAGAGGAGGCAAUGAACAAUAGUGUUACCCCUGGACCUUAUGUUAAAGAGGGUGUGCGGAGACUGGGCCUGACAAGGAAUCAGCAGCCGACACCUUUACCUAAGGGUAAAGGUUAUCAGAGACUUCCUGCCAUUAGUCCAGAUAGAAUGAGUAUUGAUCGUAACCAGGACUGUCCUUCACCUUUCACCCGUAACAGUCGCUUCCGCAGAUCUCUAGACGAAACGAGGCUUUCUUAUUCCAGAAAUUCUCCAAAUAUGGCCUCCUUUCCCAAUCCUGGACCAUCCAAGAGGAGGGUGUCACCCCUGUCUAGUAAAGAUGGCUGCCUCACCCCUCUCAGCUGUGAUUAUGACAGUGGGCCAGGUAGUAGCAGGUUAACCCAGUGUUCCCCCACUCUGGGCCAGAGACCAAGACACCAGCGUUCUGGUUCAGAUACCCUACCCACAACAAACUUAGCUGAGAUAGCUGCUUCAUGUGACCCAUUUCACAAAACAGGUCGAUCUGUAUCUAUGUGUCAGCCGCUAAGUCAGUCAGAUGACUUCGGUGAUGCUUGUUUAAACUCCCCGAGACUAACACCAUUGAGAACUCCCUUGGAAAGGGGCACAACUGGCCACACAAAGCCGUGUGAGGGACGUGUGUGUAGCUCUAACAACCUUGUGUUGGAUUUAGAUCGAAUGGGCCUGUUGAACAAGUGCCAAACACCUGUACAGAAUGCUCCGCUAUUCCCUACCUCCUCUAAAGUGCUGCCCCCUACCCCCACAAUGAUGGGGGAGAAAGCCCACAGCUGUCUGGAGUCGUGUAUGGCCAAUGCUGAUUGGAAUUCCAAGGAUCCAUCCCCCAGAUCAGAUGAUGAGAAUAAUCACAAAAAAAUAAAGCAGGCAUUCCAGAAUCCCUCCAGACAGCUUCUACGUAGUCCCUCCAUCUUCAAACAGGAGUUUAUUUUGGAGGAAAGUCGUCCUAAAGACAUUUUAAUUCACUCAUCGGGAAGUGACUUAUCAUCAACUGGAAGCAAGGAUCGGUCGUCUGUGUCCAGUGAUGACAUGGUGAUGUCAGAAGUCAUACGACCAACUGCAGCGAAACCACGGCAACGAGUCAACAACAAAAAAGGAAUCUCAUCUAACAAAGAGACAAUGGAGGUGCCAUCGUCAUACUCAGUUGUCAGUGUUAAUACACAAAACAAACUAGUGUCAAAUCUACGAACAGUUGAACCUAAAAGUAGUCCUGGUUCAAAAAGUAGUCCCGGUUCCAAAAAAAGUCCAAGUUCAAAAAAUAGUGCCAAGCAGGAUCAGCCAUCCACAAAGCCUGUGAAAGACAGGGUUGUGGUCCAUACACAGAAAAUAGGGACUUGUACAUCACUUCCCAGUAAAACGUCAAGUAGUGAACUCACAGAGGAAGUGAUGAUGCAAAACCUUCUAAAUGCCAAAGCUUCGGAGAAGUCUUUGAAGGAUGCCAAAAGUGCCAAAUCAGACGGUCGAUGUAGAUCUGGUGAGCGUAGGUCACGUGGAUAUAGUCCACAGUCAUUGAGGGAGGAGCCAGUGGUAAGCUCCUCUCCUAAUGCUACUGGACUGCAUGUAGUGUCCACAAAACUGUUAUCAAAUGUCAAGGAAGAGGUAAAAAAGCAGAGAAUGGAGAAAGGAGAUGUGAGCAUAGCAUCACGGGCAUCUAGUAAUUUUGUUGGCAAGGAAAAUAUAAAUGACUCCGUUGGAAAUAGACAGCUAGCAGCUGGAAACCCAAGGAAAGCAUCUCAUUCACCAGCUCGAAAGUCUGAAACUCUGCCAACAGGAAGUGUUAACAAGGGGAAUAACCCUACUCCUUCUUAUCUAAAUCCAACACAGUCAUCAGCUACACGUCGGCAAACCUCUGAUGUUAAAGUGACAAAAUCUCAUUCAAGCUUGUCGGGGAAUACUGGUGUUGUCAGUGAUAGUGUAAAGAAAAGUGCUGGAUCUAUCUCCUCUAACAGAGGAACAAGUGCUGUGUCUGAAAAUGUACGGAAAAGUGCUACAACUCUACCCUCUAGCAGGGGGACACAAGUCAGAUCAGGGGCCUCAGUUAGAGAGCCGAGGUCUGAUGCUUCUGUAAGAGCCUCUGUACCACAGCCUAUGUCAUCAUCAUCUUCAAAGCCUACCUCCUCCUCUCAGAAUAAUUCUCAACCUAGCAACUCAGCCUCAAGGUCAAGACAAACAUCGGGAGUGAGGAAGUCCCAAAGUGACACGAAUGUUCCACAGGAACCUAGAUCAACAGCAAGUAAUAAUGUCAACAAGUCGAGCAAAGAUAAUACUUCAAAAACACUGAAAUCAUCAUCAUUAAGUACGCUACAAGAAGUGAAAAAUGGGGACAGAAAUACUAAAGGUUCAUUAACAUCCAGAACAGAUCCCCAGGAAAGGUCAUCUAGUGGAGAGAAUGGGCUAUCUGACAAAAAGACAUUUCAGUACAAACCUGCCAGUGCUGGUAAAGGACCCUUAGUGGAGAUUGUGUCAGAAAAUUCACCUCGGGUAUCAAAACCCAAACAUGUGGUGUCUCCACUAACAGCCCCUGUACAGACACCUGUCAUUGUAAACCCAUUUGAGGACAUGAAGCCUUACAAGACAGAGUCUGAGGAGAAAGUGAACAAUGGGAAGGUGAAUGGGAGGGGUGUGUCAGCUACAAGUUAUGGGUAUACUGUUGGAAAACCUGCUUAUGAUCGGUCUAAAACUCAAACCUCAAUGAAAAGUAGAGGGAAAAGUGCUAAAAGACCAACUUCAAAGGACAAACCUGCAUCUGCUGGACUAAACAGACAAGGAAGGCGACGUGGGGAUAAAAGUAAGGAAGGGAAGAACUCUGAUGAAGGGACAAGUGGUAGGCCUAAAAGUGGAAAAACAAAACGGACAAAAUCGGGGAAGAGGAAGAAACGGAAUGAGGCUGACCUGGUACUCAGUAAGCAAGCAGCACAGUCGGAUGUGGCACUGAUCUCUGGGAUCGGGUGGCAUGUGGCAACUCAUUGUGUGGACACUUCGGAUGUGAUAGCAGUCAAACGAACAGACACAGAUUCCUCAGAUUCUUCAGACAGUGACAGUCUUGACAAUGACACUCCUAGGGAAGGAAUGACGUACAAGCUCCGGAUACCAAAUCAUCCUAUUGAUCCAACGUCCAACUCUUCCACGCCCAGGUUCCUAGAGGUCAAACCAGAGGUCAAGGGUGCUGAAGCUCAACUUCCUGUCAUGUUACAAGAUGGCUACCGACCAAUGAAUUUAGACAUGACACAGGCAUCCUUCACUCCUGGGUUCAGCCUGUAUAAUGCUCUGGGGUCAGAUCUUCCUCCGUCAUCUGUGCAAUUAGAUAUGAAUGCUUACUUCAAUAAAAUGGACGGGAGUAUAAUGGAACCUCCAGAUGCUUUACCCUCAGAGCAUGAUGAAGUUAUGGCAGAAAUCCAUCGUAAUAUUCUGAUGGGUAAACUCACACCUAUCCCUGAGUCACCCUCACUAAAGUCUGGUGGUCAUGUUCUCCACAAGACAAUUGAAGCUAUAGAGAAAUUUGAUCACAAUAUUCAAGCUGAAGUGUUAAGUAAUUUACUUGGAGUUGUAAAACAGGACGGUUCUGAGCCCAGUCCCAGAGUUGAUCUCCCUUUCAAAGGUGCCAAAAGUAAAAACAAUGUGGAUAUGUUUAAACAUCCACCUGAAAGUGUUUCCUUAUCAAAUUCUGCACAAAGUGGGAGGCACAGUAAUGGUAAAAAGAGUGCUCCUUCUUCCUCAAAGGAAAGGGCUGAAGUCAUGUCUGGGGCUUCAGUUCGCAGUCGUAAGCAAAGCUCUGAGACCAGAGGGACAAGAUCAUCCUCUAAAGAACGGGUGGUUGUCACAUCAGGAAAUUCUGUACGUAGCAGAAAUGUGCUGGAGGAGAGGAAUGCUGGGUUAGAGGAGAGGUCAGUGGUAAUGUCUGGAGCCACAGUCCGUAGUAGUAUAAAUGACUUAGAGGAUAGGAUUGUGAAGGGACUCUUCUGUUAUGGGAGGUUUGAGAAGUUCACAGAUUCUUCAAGUAGGAAAACCUCAAAGAAAUAUGAAAAACCAGAAAACAGGCAGACUUCUGGUCAAAGGACUGUUACAAAAACACAAGACAAAAAACCACAAGAACCUAACUCUCCUGAAAAAGUCCAUAUAGAGGUAGUGGAUAGUGUCCGUAGAACCCCUCGUGUUCCAAGACUAGAAAACCUUGAUAACUUUGAAUACUCAGAUAAUGAUGAUUUUGACUUCACCAUAGGUCACAGUAAAAGAGAAAGCAGGACCACUCGAAGAGAGAGGAGAUUUUCUGAAACAAAGAGUGAAGAAAGAAAUGAUAAUGAACAUGAGAAUAUUGAAGAAGUAAUUGAGGAAAUUUUGAGUAAUACGGUUCCGUCAGCUUGUUCCACAUUGAAGUCACAUGGAUCCCUGAAAUCAGGUUCGAAGUCUUUGGCCAGUACAUUCUCUGAGGCAGAUACAGCAGUGUUAAGGAAACUGUCCUCAGCACCCCAAAAUUCUCCUUUCCAUGCCAAGAGUUCUCUGUCUGCAGUCAGGCAGUCGGAAUCAUAUGAGGACCUUUCGGUCCCUCAUCCAACAAAUCCAAAUCUCUUGAAUGUAUUUCAUGCAGAAAACUUUAACCUGGGGAAAAAGGUCAAGGCAAUGAUUGAUGCAGGAGCAAGUAGGUCAAAGGUCAAGGCCAUGGCUGAUGUUGAUAAUGAGGCCAAACAAAUAGCAAAAAUCAUGAACAGUUUUAAACAAAUGGAGUUGUAUGCGGGCAGUUCUCGGUCGCCAGCAACACAUGAGCAUAUCCCUAAACCAGAGACAAGUUCUAUGGAGCCAGUUCCAGGGAGAAAGCCUCCUCUGGGGAUGACCAGACCAAACUCUGCUGGGGCUGGAAAGGUCAGGUCCGCUGGAAGGUUCACAGAGAUCAAGAAUGAGAAAAAUGUAUCGGCUUCCAAAGACAAAUCAUUGAGGCGGAGCACAGACUACAGGGUACAGGAGAGUGGUGUCUUACCUGGAGACACAGGUGAUCAGGACCUAAACGAUGCUACAGCUGAUGGUGAUACUAUCGUGAGCUUUAUAGGGACCAUCAGUAGACCAGACAGUGCCUGUACCAUGAUCAGUACCCAGUCAAGUGUUGAGGAUACCAUCCAAUGGAAGAAGGGCAACGUCCUAGGCAAGGGAGCUUUUGGCACAGUAUGGUGUGGACUGACUAGUGAGGGCCAGCUGAUAGCAGUCAAACAGAUCGAGCUAAACACUGGGAACCAGGACAAGGCCAAGAGGGAGUACGAGAAGGUCCAGGAGGAAGUGGAACUGCUGAAAACCUUAAACCACAAAAACAUUGUAGGGUACCUAGGUACAAGUCUAGAGGAGAACAUUGUCAGCAUCUUUAUGCAGUUUGUCCCUGGUGGAUCCAUUGCAAGCAUUUUGGCAAGGUUUGGAGCUCUAGAUGAGGCUGUGUUCCGUCGCUACACCAAACAGGUGCUAGAGGGCGUGGAGUACCUUCACGCUAAUGAUGUCAUUCACAGGGACAUCAAGGGAGGUAAUGUGAUGCUGAUGCCUAAUGGGAUUAUCAAGCUCAUAGACUUCGGAUGUGCCAAACGUCUGUGUAUCAACCUAAGUAUGGGCCAGUCGCAGAUCCUCAAGUCCAUGAAAGGCACACCUUUCUGGAUGGCUCCGGAGGUCGUCAACGAGACAGGGCACGGCAAGAAGUCAGACAUUUGGAGUGUUGGGUGUACAAUAUUUGAGAUGGCUACAAGGAAACCACCAUGGGCCGACAUGAAUCCUAUGGCAGCCAUCUUUGCAAUUGGCUCCGACAAGCCAGUUCCCCAGCUACCGAACAAAUUUUCAACAGAUGCCAUUUCGUUUGUGAAUGCUUGUCUGACAAGGGAUCAAACCAAGAGGUUGUCUGCCACUCAGCUGCUACAACAUGUGUUCAUCAACAAGAAAAGGGGAUCUAAGAAAUGAAUUGCUCCACUGGUAGAUAACUCUACAUGGACAUUCUGAUAUAUUUCAAGAUAGUUUUGUUGUAAUUAUAAGACAAAACCUUAUCUGUGUACCAGUAUAAGAUUGAUAUUUUAGCAAUAUUUAUAUAGAUGAAGAUAUCCAUGUCUUUUUACUAAUGAUAAAAACGAAAUAGUUUCAGUAUAAAUAUGGCAUUUUUACCUAGUAUCAUCAUAGUAAUUUAAUAAGAUCUUAUGAUAUACAUAAUAAUAAGAAAACUGUUGCAAUCACUAGGUACAUUUUGUAUAUUUAUUUACUAGCUGCUUCCAUUUGACUCCGCAAGGGAGAAUUUCUCUUCAGCAAAUUCAGUACAGCAUACAUAAUGCCAUAUAAAUCUAGUUGAAAGCCAGAGGUUGUAAGUUCGAUCUAUGGCAAAGGUAUUGAAAGAUAACAUGACUAUUGUUCUUUCCAUUUGCUUGUCAGAACUCUCUCUGUAUAUGUUUUUAUCAUCUGGUUUUAUUAUGGAAAUGUUAAGAUCAUAUCUGUUGAAAUGUGAAGAUAUCUGCAGAAAUGGUAGGAUAUCUGUAUCCAUUGCCUUGUAGGGAAUAUGUGAACACAUUGACAUCUGUAUAUGUGUGUAGAAACAACAGCUAAAGACACAUCAAAAUAUUAUAAUAGCAUAUGUAUAGUCAAUGCUGUUGUAUAAUUAGCCAUGACUGUGAUGAACAAUCUGCUGAGAAUUUAAAACACAUAAAGUGCCAUUGGUAGAAUGAAAAUAAGUGUUUUUAAUGAAUAAAAACUUGAAUGGUUGGUUUCAUGAAUGAAACAUUUUCAUGAAGAUUUUACAUUUCCAUGGAAUGAAAUUUACAAUGAUUGCCAAAGAUUGUGACUGAAUUGUUAAGAGGCUGUUCACUUAAGCAUUGAACGGCUUU